AUGGCGUGGAGGGAAAGCUACUUGGACCUGGUGCUGAUCCCAGUGGGGCUCCUCUUCCCGAUCGUCUACCACCUGUGGCUGUGGCGCUCCGUGCGCCGCUACCCGCUCCACUCGACCAUCGGCAUCGGCGCGGCCGCGCGCCGCAUCUGGGUGCUGUCCAUGAUGAAGGACAACGAGAAGAAGUCGACGCUGGUGGUCCAGUCGAUGCGGAACGUGAUCAUGGGCUCCACGCUGGUGGCCACCACCUCCAUCCUCUUCUGCACCGGCGUGGCCGCCGUGCUGAGCAGCACCUACGCCGUCAAGAAGCCCAUCAGCGACGCCGUCUUCGGCGCGCACGGCGAGUACAUGAUGGCGCUCAAGUACGUGGCCCUCCUCACCACGUUCCUCCUCUCCUUCCUCUGCCACUCCCUCGCCAUCUGCUCCCUCAACCAGGCCACGUUCCUCGUCAACGCCUUCUCCCAGUUCUUCGCCCUCCCCGACGGCGGCCGCCACCUGCCGGUGAACAAGGAGUACAUCGUGGAGGUCCUGGACAGAGGGUUCCUGCUCAACUUCGUCGGGAACCGGCUCUUCUACGGCGGCGUCCCGCUCCUGCUCUGGAUCUUCGGGCCCGUGCUGGCGUGCCUGUGCUCCAUGGUCAUGAUCCCGAUACUCUACAACCUCGACACGGUGUACAUCCAGAGAGGAAAAGGCGGCGAGGUCAGUGACAGAGUGGAGAUGAGUGAUGUUGACAGUGACGACGGCAUGCAAGUUUGA